UUGAACUAAGUUUCCUUUACGACUUGUUCUUCACCAAGAUGCCCAUACAUCACCAAGGCUUCAAAGUAAGUUUAUGUCUUCAUGGUUUCUGCUUUCUUUCCACAGUUUCUUCAUUGAUUGCUUUCUCAGCAUUUGUUGAUAAGAAAAAGUUUUGGAAAAUUGACGUUGCCAUAACCUACAUGUUGCUGGUGGGAGCUAUUUCUCUUGAUAUUUGUCUAUUUAUUUCGCAUGCUCUCUCUAAAUGGACGAUUGCACAGUUAGGCAGUGUUCCUCCAGAAAAUAAGUUGUACUCCAAGCUUGUUGCUCUUAGGCUGAGUUCAAUCAACUCGAGGAGUGCAAUAAGAAGAGUGGCACAACACGAUCUGAUAUCUUAUUAUGUUGAGGUCGCCGCUGAUAACAAGUUUAUUCGGUUUAUAAGGCUUAUUGACACCAGCAACCUUCUGCAAAAGCACAAGUACACUGUAUGGGAGUCGGUGGAUUCUAAUUUGAGGACUUUCAUUUAUGAACAACUACUAGAGAAACGCAACGAGUAUCAUGAUCAACUGCGGAACUGUACGGAAAACCGAGAUUCUCUUCUCUCCAGCGUGUUGGAUAAGGAUAUCGAUGAUGUAUUUAAAAAGUAUGCUGUUGAUGAUAAUGAUUGGGACGGCCAUCGAAAUGAUUUUGCCCGCUACAUCUUCCUUUGCCAUAUUGCUACUAGCCUUGUUUACUACGAUGAUCUUUACAAUCAUCGAAGAGGCAUGCUGGGUUCAUAUUGCAAAAUCAGCAAGACUUUAUCUGAUUACAUGGCCUACCUUGUACUCUUGCGUCCAACGAUGUUGCCUAAAGGGCUUGGGGAAAUAAUAAAUCUAGCAAACAACAAAUUUGUAGAGAAAAUUCACCCUCGUGUGGGUGAAAAUUCAAGUGAAUUGAAGAAGAAAAUCGUGGAAGCGUUGAUUCACUAUAGGCAUGAUUAUACAACGUCGACACUUUUUGAAUCAGAAGUUCAAAAGAACAGGGUACUACUGUUGAAAGGGUCUGAAAUUGCCCAGCGUCUGCAAAAUUUGGUAAGCGACGAACGCUGGGAUCAUGAAAAAAAAUGGGAGACGAUCGGUAAGUUAUGGAUGAGAAAUCUGACUUAUGCUGCCAGUCGUUGUUCAUGGAAGGAUCAUGCUCAACAAUUAAGGCACGGUGGAGAGUUGCUCACUCAUGUCGCCCUUCUCAUGGCACAUCUUGGCUUAAGUACAAAAAUUAUGAUUUAUGAGAGAGAAGACGAGUCUGGAUUGCCCAGUCUGUUCUAAACAAAAAAAUUUCA